UAAUUUUGCGCAUGGCCGUACGUUAUUUUUUAAACUUAAACAAAAUUGUAUCCGAAAAGGCCAAAGCGACGCGACGCUUUAAUUAACAUAUUUCUAACCAAUAAAAACUGGUUUCGGUCAAGCUGUUACUUCGCUUCAAGCUAACUCUGAGAGAUAAGGAAGCGUCGAUAAAAAGUGAUCCAGAAUUGUGAUUUAAUAUAAAGUUAUCAUUCCGCACAAAAACACAUUAACAAAUGUGGUUAAUUGCGUUUUAUCAGUCGCAUGAGACACUCGUCUUUGUGAAAAAGUAAGCUGUAUAUAUAUGUAUAUUGUAACAUGAGAAAAUAUUUAUUGUGAAUAAAACAUGGUGAAAAAUACAAUUGAUACAGUUUCUGAAACAAUAGACGAAGGGGAUAAUGCAGUGGACUUGGAUCAAGCACUUUCUGUAGCCGGUAUUGGCUGGUAUAACAUACGAUACAGUUUAGCCUUGUCACUCUUCCUCAUAUCUGCAAUAAUAGAUCCGGUCGGCUACUCGUAUUUGCUCCCAGCCGCAAAAUGUGAUCUACAGAUGACAGACGCUCAACGAGGAGUCAUCGGCUCUAUCCCAUAUAUUGGUGUAGUUGCUACUUCAUUUCCAUGGGGAUAUCUUGUGGAUACUAGAGGAAGGAAAAAAACAAUUGUAUAUAGCUCACUAGCAGCCGGUACUUUUGGUGUGCUCGCUGCUUUUAUGCCUGAUCUUACUAGUUUUACAAUUUUCAAACUUUUAUCUGCUUUUUGUAUAGCAUGUCCAGCUGCAGUACCGUAUUCUUUUAUUGGCGAAAUUUUGCCGCAAAAAUACAGAGAUAUUACAUUGUCAAUAACUAACGCAAUGCAGAUAUCAGGAUCGGCAUUGGUGCCUCUAAUAGCAUGGGCAAUACUCCCACUCGAUUUCAGAAUUGACUUUGGUUUAUACUAUUUCCGGCCCUGGAGAUUACUUACGAUUAUAUAUUCAAGCUUUUUUAUCUUAAGUGCAAUACUCAUGUCGUUUGGUCCGGAGAGCCCGAAGUAUCUUAUUUCGCAAGGCAGACAUGACGAGUCAUUAAAUGUUUUAAGAACUAUAUACUCUGGAAACAAAAGAAAACCUGCAGCUGACUUUCCAGUGAAAACCUUAAAAUUACCCGAUCAGGAUAAAAAUGGACAAUCUUUUCUCAACUCCUUAGUACAACAAACAAUACCAUUGCUUAGGCCGCCCUAUUUGAAGUGGUUUAUACUGAAUGGAACUUUAUUCUUCGGAAUAUUUGCCACUCUAAAUGGCCUGUACAUGUGGAUACCAGAUAUCCUUAAUAGAGUACUCACCGGUGACAGUGCAGGUCUUACCGCUUGCGAAGUUAUUGCUCAACGACUUAACGAGACAGCUUCAGAAAACGCACAAUGUAACGAUUCAAUUGAUUCUAUGACAUUUGUGAUUAACUCAAUUGCCAAUUUCUGUUGCGCCUUAAUUGCUCUCGGAUUCAGUAGUACUGUAAAAAUACUGGGCAAGAAAACAUUACUCAUCCUAGUUUAUUUGGUAAUUGGAAUAUUCUGCGUAUUAAUAAACUUCGUGACACAAGACACAAUAUUUGCGAUAUUACUAUCUUCAAUACCAAUCACUGGUCUCGCUAUAGGCCCAAUAAAUGCUUAUGCUGUUGAAAUAUUUCCCACUAAUUUGAGGGGUAUGGCUAUUAGCCUCACGAUGAUGGUCGGUAGAACAGGUUCCAUCGUGGGUACGAAUGUUGCUGGCCUCCUUAUUAACGCCGUCUGCGAGCUAACUUUCUAUAUCUUUGGAGGAAUGUUGAUACUUUGUGGCCUGCUUUCGCUGUUGCUACCGAGAUCACGGGUCGAACCUCGUCCAAUCAAACGAACGCAUUUGUAACUUACAGUAUAAAAUCAAAAAUCUCCUUAUUGUUAAGUUAUUUACUACUAAUAUUAUUAACACGAUUAUAAUAUAAAUUACAAGUUGAUCUAAUUUAUUUUAGAGAAAGGAUAGGGCGCACUUUAUUAAUGUAGUUUAAUAGAAACAACAAAGUUUAUCAAUAGAUAUUUUAUAACAAAUGCAAGAAGUUUCAUGUACAAACCUUUCUUCGUGUAUAAUUACAAAAUUAAUUUCAUAUAAGACUUGUUAUUAAACGUAAAUCUAUUGGUUUCUUGCUCGCCAUGUACGUUAAGCAGUCAAGUUCUUAGUUUUAUGUACAUAUUAUUUUAGUCCUUAGUGAGUGAACAUUUGUCAAUAAAAAUAAUAAGUAAUAAAAAAACUUGUGAUAUUUGUAUGUACUUACGUUAGUUUAAGAUAGACGACACGUCGAAUUAAUAUCAUAAAGAUCUAUUCAAGAUGAAGGUUACGAAAGGGUAUUACAGACAGGUUCGCAGACACACAAACAAACAUUCAAUGAGGAAUACGCUAGUUUAUGGAAACCCUCAAGUACCUCAAAAUAUUGCGAUCGGUCAAAAUUUAAUUUGAUUUAUUAAUCAGGCCCAUUACAGCUCCACAAAAGGGAUGAAGGGAUAACUAUAUUUUAAUAUUAUUUCAUUGUUUAUCUUCCUUGUGUAUGAAACCAAACCAGUUUGAAAAUUUUAUUCUAAUAUAUAAGUAUAGAUGUAAAUUUAUCAAAAUCCUUUAAGAAAGUGUAAUUGACGAAUUCCUCAACUAUGUAUCGCAAAAAAUGUGUACUUUAACUUAUACUAUUGUACGACCUUUUUUUGAUAUAAAAUAGUUUAUUGCUUCUUAUUUUCUAUAUUAAUAAAUGAAAAUAUGUCACUUAUUAUUACUGUAACUAAUUAAUGUGGUUUUUUAAGACUUAUAUUCAAUAUCAUAUAUCCAUAUAUUAAAUAAGUUGAAUAAACACAAAUGAAGUAUAUUUCAAAAUCUAGGGGAUAAAAAGAGCAAGAAGCAAUCUCUAUUCGGCGUAUUAAAAGGUUUUUUUUAAAGCGUUACAUGAUCAAAAUGUAAGAAAAUAAUAACUUGAGCCAUUUUAUUUAUACUUAAACAAUAAUUA